ACCAUUUAAGGAGAGCAACAAACAUCAUCAUCUGCAAAUCAGAGAGUGGCCCCGGGCACGCCCCCCUUUGACAGAUCAGCAAUCAUGAAAUUGUAAACGCACUUCUUUGGUCUCUGCGCGAGCUGAAAUGUAAACAACAGAAGGAAUUUUGGAUUUGCGAAAGAUGGCCUUGUAUGACAACAAGCACUGGCUGCUCUCGCACAUCCGGCAUUCGUUUAUUUUUUCGGACGAGUCCGGCUUCAGUGAGAUGGUUAUGAUGGACGAGGAUCUGCGGGUGCCUUCAAUGAAGGCUUACCCUGACCUCGAUCAGGAUGAAGAGGACGAAGACGGAGACGCUCCUAGAUCCCUUGAUGUGAAUUGCGAGCUAGAUUUUGGCGCUCACAGGAGAAGAGUGAACACUGCGCAAAAGCUGGAAAAAAUGGAUCUGGAGAGGAAAAGGAUAGCUAAAAUGACUAGUAUAAAAUGGGAGGACCCUAUGCCCAGUGUUGCAGAAGUGCCAAGCAAUGCCUUCGAGAGGAAAGUAGUGGAUAAUGCCAAAAAAGAGAAAGUAAAGCGGACUUCAACUCUUUCUGCGCAACUGAAAGACUGCCCUGUUCUUCUUAAAAACCCUUUCUUUGAUUAUUCCAAGUUUGAUGGAAAUGCUCAAGUUGGUGUUCCUGUCAAGCGUUACAUAAUAUUCCUUACCAUGCUUCCGGAGCGAGAAAGAAACUACCCUUUGCAUGUUACCAUUGUCAAUACUGCGAAAGUUAAGGAGCUUGUUGGAUUGGUCUUAUGGAAGUGUUCAGAAGAAAGAAAUGCUCAACUUGAAGACGAGUCGGCGUAUGCGUUGCAUAUAGCUGAGGACGACGGAGAAGUAGACUGGGACUUCCCGUGCUUGGACGAAAAAGAGGUCGUCUCUAAGUUUGGCUUUAAUUACUUAGCAUUAGUUCAAAAGACUGAAGUGCAUAAGUCCAGAGCUCAGACAAUGAGCAUGCCUUUGUCCAGUUUAGGCUGGUCUGCCCUUGCUGAACGUGACGAGAAGGAAAUUGAGGGAGCGGAGGAAAGUGCAUUGCAGCAACAAGCCAUGAAAGAAGCAGAGAUGCGAAUGAAAGGACACAUGACCGCCAUGGAAGCACCUCUGUAUCAGUCUUUCCAAGUCUACAUCAUGAAUAGAGUUCGUGUAAGAAGUGCGGUGCAUUUAGGAAUAUCUGGAGAGAAAAUAGAAAUAGAUCCUGUAGUUCAGCAUAAAGCCACUUCACAAUUGUGGGGGAAAAGGAAAGCUGCAACCUAUGAUAUCACGAGAAUUGCUGCUUGUGAACUUGUCAAUCAAAGAUCCAGCAAAUCCCAUUUUCGUUUAGUCCACCAGUCAUUAACCGAAGAUCCAACCACCACUUUCAAGACCCUAGAAUUCGAAGCGGAAAAUUUUGUUGCGCAAGAAAUCGUGCAAAAGAUAAAUCAUAUUUUGGAGCUGCGAGCUACGCCCGUGUGGAAAGAAUAUUUGGUUACCAAGGAACGCAAGUCAACAAGAAGGAGAAGUUUUAGCUUUUCGUUGAAAUAGCAAUAAGCACCCGUUUUCUGUGAUCCAAUAAUUACUUAAUUUGUUUAACGGAGUCAAA